AUGGCAGGGGCAGAAGCACAAGGUACUAUUGGUCAAACUGCACUUAUGGAAAACGUUCUGGAACGAUAUGAGAGACAUGCCCAUAUAGGGCAACUUGUUGAAGAUGGUGAUGAAUCACAGGGCAACUGGUCCUUGCAAUGCUUCAAGCUCACCGGAAAAGUUGAAGUCUUAGAGAGAAACUUAAGGAACUUUGUGGGACAAGAUCUGGAUCCCUUGAACUUGAGAGAGCUUCAGAGUUUGGAGCACCAGCUUGACACAGCUAUAAAGCGCAUCCGAACUAGAAAGAACCAAGUUAUGAAUGAAUCCAUCUCAGAUCUGCAGAAAAAGAUUAAGGAGAAAGGGAAGUCAGUGGCUGAACGUCCACAAUGUGUGCCUGAAACCUUAGGUCCAACAUACCCUCCAGAGCUUCAACCACAACAAAGACUAGUUCCUUCUUUAACACUCGGUGAGAAUUUACAAGCAGCACCAUUGGAGGAAGUGGAUGAAGAACGAGCAGUUCCUAGUACCACUACUCUCAUCCCACCAUGGAUGCUGCAUCAUUUUACAAGAUAA